UAGAAAACAAAGAUCUCAAGCAGUUACAUUUAAUUUUCAAACUAAAUUAACUUAAAAAAAAUUUCAUUUUCCAACUUCCAACGCUUUCUUUCUUCUACCAUCAUCAUGCGGUGGCCGGGAUCAAGGACCGGCGGUGGACUCGGCCUCGCCGCCGUUGCCUAUGUCGCGGUCGACUACCUGCGCCACCUCUCCCCCAUGUGGCACGAGCGUUUACAGCCAGCUCUGUGGACCGUGCUCGCUCUUGUAGCCGUCGUUCGCAUUCCUUUUUACAAGCACUGGUCCUCUGAGUUUCGCUCCGCCAUACCAUUUGUUGCUUCCAUGCUUUUCAUGCUCUCUGCUCUUCUCUUUGAAGCUCUCUGUGUGCGUUCCGUCACUGCUGUGCUUGGUCUUGAUUGGCACAGUAAUACAUCUCCUCUUCCAGACACUGGCCAGUGGUUGCUUUUGGCUCUGAAUGAGAAACUUCCUCAUGUGAUAGUUGAGAUAUUGAGGGCCCGUAUCAUUGGGCUGCACCACUUCCUUAUGUUGUUUAUGAUGUUGGCAUUCUCUGUACUAUUUGACUCCGUAAAAGCUCCUGGCCUUGGACUUGGUGCAAGAUACAUGUUCACCAUGGCAGUUGGCCGUCUUCUUCGUGCCAUUACUUUUGCAUCUACAAUUCUGCCAUCAGCCAGGCCUUGGUGUGCUAAAGCUAGAUUCAGUGUCCCUGCAUAUCCCCAUCGCUGGGCUCAGAAAUAUUAUGUCCCUUAUGCUUCGGAUGCUAACGCUAUUAACCAGUUAAUAAGAAUGGAUAUAGCUUAUGCCGAUACUGGAAAAUACAUCGAUGACUUCUGCCCAGAUUGGGGUUCGAUGAGUUUCCUUAUAGAUUUUCUGCGACCCACUGCUUCAGAAGGAUCUUCUUGGUAUAAUUUGCUGAAGAAAGCUGGAGGGGGCUGCAAUGACCUUGUAUACAGUGGACACAUGCUAGUUGCAGUGUUGACAGCCAUGGCUUGGACGGAGGCUUAUGGAGGUUUUAGCUCAGUCAUCAUAUGGUUGCUUGUGAUGCACAGUGCCCAGAGAGAAAUUCGAGAGCGCCAUCACUAUAGUGUUGACUGUAUUGUGGCCAUCUACGUCGGUAUCCUACUGUGGAAGAUGACAGGUUUCCUCUGGCCAGCCAAAAAUGCAACUAGAGAUAGGAGGCUUGCAGUUCUAGAGAAAAUCCAAGGUCCACUAAUCCAAGCUGCUAAGGAUUCCGACAUAGAUGGAGUGAGAGAACUUCUCAGACAGGUGGAGUUGGAUCCGCAACAUAUCCAGAAGAACAAAGUGUCAAACAGGGCCACGUGGUUGUUUGCUUCUGCUACCAUUGUCUCCUCACUCACCAUUGUGCUUCUGGCCUUCAUAUUGACAAGUGACGGAUAAUUUUCCGGCGUACUUUGAUUGAUUUCCACAGCAUAGAAGGUUAGACUUUGUAACACUACGUACUGUAAGAUUUGGUUUAACUUUGUGUGUAUGUGUGUAUGUGUUUUUUAAAGGGUAUUUUAGAUUCCUUUGUUUUUUUAGUGAUAUUUGUUUGGGGAUUAUUUCAUGAAGCCGGCAGAUUUGGCUUGGCAUAAGAUUAGGGAGGUUUUGACAUAAGAGAUUGGUAGGCAAUGAGGACCGUGUUUUGCCUGAAGAAAACUUUCAGCUUCCAUAUUGUUGAUGGCCUGUUUCGCCUUUUUAUAUGUGAAAGGGGCUUUAUUCUGCUGUUACACAAUCAUCACACCUUCAGGGCCUUUCUGAUUUUGUGCAAGAAAUGUUGUCCCUUAUGGCAGAAGCCAGAAAACAUUUAAGUUAAAUUGCCACUAAAUAUGUUUUUUCUUGCAGUGAUUCUUAGUGUUCUUUUGGGAUGAUAUAUAAUUAUAUUUCUAGUUGAUUAUUUAUUUAUUCAUUU